AGUGUGUGUGCGUGUGUAAAUGGCUCCUCCUGCCACUGAAAAUCGAAAUCGGAGGUCUCGGACCGGAGCGCUCGGACGGUAAAAUAGCUUCCUCGGAGCCCGAACCGAGCUGAUUCUCAGUGCAAUGCAUUUUAGGUUUUUAUUUGCAUUUUCUAAGCUGAUCUCGGUGUAGUGAUCGGAAGGGAAGGGCAGCACGGUGUGUGUUUUUAUCCAGAAACCCGUCAAAUGAACUCCGUCAGAGCGACUAACCGCAGACCCCGGCGAGUGUCGAGGCCGCGCCCGGUGCCGCCGGAGAGAAACAACGCAGAAAGAGAUGAGGACGUUCCUGCAGAGAUGGUCGCAGAAGAAUCCGGUCAAGGAGCUCAGAAUAGUCCAUAUCAACUUCGAAGGAAAUCACUGUUACCCAAGAGAACGGCGUGUCCAACAAAGACCAGUAUGGAGGGUGCUUCCACGUCAACAACAGAAAACUUUGGGCCUCGGGCGAAACGUGCCAGGGUGUCUGGGAAAUCCCAAGAUCUGCCUGUUACUCCAGCAGAGCAAUACCUGCAGGUGAAGCUUCCAGAUGAGGUGGUUUUAAAGAUCUUCUCGUAUCUGUUGGAGCAGGACCUGUGUCGAGCAGCGUGUGUGUGUAAACGCUUUAGUGAAUUAGCCAAUGACCCCAUCCUCUGGAAGAGACUCUACAUGGAGGUGUUCGAGUACACACGGCCCAUGAUGCACCCCGAGUCUGGAAAGUUCUUCCAGAUAAACCCAGAAGAUCACGAGCAGCCCAAUCCCUGGAAGGAGAGCUUUCAGCAGCUGUAUAAAGGCGCUCACGUCAAGCCGGGCUUCGCUGAGCAUUUCUACAGUAACCCGGCCAGAUACAAGGGCAGAGAAAACAUGCUGUAUUACGACACCAUCGAGGACGCUUUGGGCGGGGUUCAGGAAGCCCACUUUGACGGUUUGAUAUUCGUCCACUCCGGGAUCUACACGGACGAAUGGAUCUACAUCGAGUCACCCAUCACCAUGAUAGGCGCCGCUCCUGGUAAAGUAGCGGAUAAAGUAUUUAUCGAGAACACUAGAGACUCAACGUUUGUGUUCAUGGAGGGCUCGGAGGACGCGUACGUAGGCUACAUGACGAUAAAGUUUAAUCCUGAUGAUAAAUCAGCUCAGCAUCACAACGCUCAUCACUGUCUGGAGAUCACCGUCAACUGCAGUCCCAUUAUAGACCACUGCAUCAUCCGCAGCACCUGCACAGUGGGUUCUGCGGUGUGUGUAAGCGGUCAGGGGGCGUCGCCCACCAUCAAACACUGUAACAUCAGUGACUGUGAGAACGUGGGACUCUACAUCACAGACCACGCACAGGGCAUUUAUGAGGACAACGAGAUAUCCAAUAAUGCUCUAGCAGGGAUCUGGGUGAAAAACCACGGCAACCCCAUCAUCAGACGCAACCACAUCCAUCACGGCAGAGAUGUCGGCGUGUUCACGUUUGACCACGGCAUGGGCUACUUUGAAAGCUGCAACAUCCACAGGAACCGGAUAGCAGGUUUCGAGGUGAAGGCGUAUGCGAACCCUACAGUAGUGCGCUGCGAGAUCCAUCACGGACAGACGGGCGGCAUCUACGUGCACGAGAAGGGCCGAGGCCAGUUCAUCGAGAACAAGAUCUAUGCAAACAAUUUUGCAGGCGUGUGGAUUACCUCAAACAGUGACCCCACGAUCAGGGGUAAUGCCAUAUUUAAUGGCAACCAGGGUGGCGUUUACAUAUUCGGCGAUGGCAGAGGUCUCAUCGAAGGGAAUGAUAUCUAUGGCAACGCUCUAGCUGGCAUCCAGAUCCGGACCAACAGCUGCCCGAUCGUCCGGCACAACAAGAUCCACGACGGACAGCACGGAGGAAUCUAUGUGCAUGAAAAGGGUCAGGGUGUGAUCGAGGAGAACGAGGUGUACAGUAACACACUGGCUGGUGUUUGGGUGACCACGGGCAGCACUCCUGUACUGCGCAGAAACAGAAUACACAGCGGGAAACAGGUGGGCGUUUAUUUCUAUGAUAACGGUCACGGUGUGCUGGAGGAUAAUGACAUUUAUAACCACAUGUACUCUGGAGUUCAGAUCAGAACUGGCAGCAAUCCCAAGAUCAGGAGAAAUAAGAUCUGGGGUGGACAGAACGGGGGAAUUCUGGUUUACAAUUCAGGCUUGGGUUUUAUCGAAGACAACGAGAUCUUCGACAACGCCAUGGCCGGAGUUUGGAUCAAGACCGACAGCAACCCCACACUCCGCAGAAACAAGAUCCACGACGGGCGAGAUGGAGGAAUCUGCAUUUUCAAUGGAGGACGAGGUUUGUUGGAAGAGAACGACAUCUUCAGGAACGCCCAAGCAGGAGUUCUCAUCAGUACCAACAGUCACCCUGUGCUUCGCAAGAACAGAAUAUUCGACGGUUUCGCGGCUGGUAUCGAGAUCACGAAUCACGCUACAGCAACGCUAGAAGGCAAUCAGAUUUUCAACAAUCGCUUUGGCGGACUGUUUCUUGCAUCUGGUGUCAACGUCACAAUGAAAGGUAAAAUGGAAAAAAAUCUGUUUUGUUCCUUCGAGGAUCAACCAAACCCAAAACGAUUGACAUGUAUUUGUGGAAUUUUCUUUGCAGACAAUAAAAUCGUGAACAACCAGGAUGCCAUUGAAAAAGCGGUGAGCAGAGGUCAGUGCCUGUACAAGAUUUCCAGUUACACCAGCUAUCCAAUGCACGAUUUUUACAGAUGUCACACCUGCAACACCACAGACCGAAACGCCAUCUGCGUGAACUGCAUCAAGAAGUGCCAUCAAGGGCACGACGUAGAAUUCAUUAGACACGAUAGGUUUUUCUGCGAUUGUGGCGCAGGGACUUUGUCGAACCCGUGCACACUAGCGGGAGAGCCGACUCACGACACAGACACGCUGUACGAUUCGGCCCCUCCUAUAGAGUCCAACACACUGCAGCACAACUGAGACGGAGCGCGCCGACCCGACCCCGGGGCACUAACAGACUCUAAUGUGCUCAGUCUAGUGCAGACGAGAUUACAAGCUAGAAAUAAUUCAAUUUUAACAAAAAGAACUCUUUGAAAAAGAAGACUUUGUGUAAACUUAGACGACGGAAGCUGAGAGGAAACAUUUUUAUUUAAACGAACGAAAAACGAACAUUCUGCUGUGGACUUGGUGAUCCUGUUGCCCGACGCCGUUCCUUGCCAGCGACGGUGUAGACUAACGGGCAGUCGCGAUGCUCUCGGGAAGAUCGUGACGGGGAUUUACGGAUGACAGACUCGCAAUGCUUCCCAUGCAUCUGUUCUCCAGACAACAGUCACCAUGCUAUUGUAAAUGUACGGAUAAAAAAAGACCCAGCACUUCACUUAUGGUUUUGUUUUUUUAAAGAUGUUAUUGAGGUUUGAUUUUAAUGCUUUCUCAUGUAGUUUUGUAUUUUCAAGCAAAAAUCUUAAAUGUACUUGAAUGUCUUUUUAUUUUAUUAAGUAUAUUAAUUUUGGGGUUGUUUAUACCUUAGACUUGCUGUAUUUGUUCUCAUGUCGCAGGAUGUAUGUUCUUUCUGUGAAAGAGAUUUGAGGAAAAAAGGAUGAGAAACACUAACGUAUUCUCCGGCAAUGUUCGUGUAACGCGUUGGCCCACAUGCAGUGUGAUUUCAAUCCCGCCCCUUUAUCCUGAUUGGCUUACCGCAGGGUCAUGUGGUAAAAGCAUGAGACACUAGACUUGUGAAAGCAUCUCAUUCUCACGGCCGUUCGCUCCGAACGCAGCGAGUAAAGUGACGUGCGAACACAAAACGACAUUGCUGGAGAUGUUAAAGACGCUUCUGGCGAGUAUCUGUACAGUUUUAUUUGCGCUUCCCCCCCCUCCAUCCAACUGUAUUUGGUGACUGGGUUCUCUUACAGCCGGAAUUGUAUGCAUGUUCCAUGACAUCUAGACUUAAUAUAUUGUGAAGUACUCAAUAACCAUUAUGUAGCUGUUAGUAAUUAAUCAAAGGUUUAAUUUCCUAGUCAAAGAGGAACGUGUUACAUUUUUGAAAAUAAAC